GUAUCUCGCGGUGUCCAUGCAUCGACUGCCGAGUGUAUGAAGGCCUGUGAGGCUCUCAGCUCGGCGCAGACAGGCGCGACCAUGCAGGUCCUGCUAGUGCUGGCUCUGCUGGUCGCCUGCCGCGCGGCCGCCAGGAACCUCAGCUUCCCCCAGGGCUUCAUGUUCGGGGCCGGCACCGCCGCCUACCAGGUGGAGGGCGCCUGGAACACCAGCGGCAAGGGAGAGAGCAUCUGGGACAGGCUCACCCACGCUCGGCUAUCUUCGGAUCCUUCCGCGGAGACUGCCGACGUGGCUGCCGACUCGUACCACCGCUACAGAGAAGACGUGCUGGCCGCGAAGAACCUCGGGUUAGAUUUCUAUCGCUUUUCCAUAUCUUGGCCAAGAAUUCUGCCAAAAGGGGACCUGUCCUUCGUCAAUCCAGAUGGCAUCAACUACUACAACAAUCUGAUAAACGAGCUGAAGAGAAACAACAUCGAGCCUCUAGUAACAAUGUAUCAUUGGGAUCUGCCCCAACAUCUACAAGACCUGGGAGGACUGGCUAGUGACAUAAUCAUAGAUUACUUCGAGGAUUAUGCUCGACUGCUGUUCACGCACUUCGGAGACAGGGUGAAGUGGUGGACCACGUUCAACGAGCCCCUCUCCUUCGUGACGGGCUACAGCAGCGCCUGGUUCGCGCCAGGGGUGGAUGCCCCAGGGGUGGGAGGCUACCUGGUCGCACACAACAUCCUCAAGGCGCAUGCGCGGGUCUACCACCUCUACCGCCAGCACUUCCGGGGCGAGCAGAAAGGUAAAGUCAGCAUCACACUCAACCUGAACUACCCGCAACCAAAGACUAGUUCGCCGGCUGACCACGACGCCACAGAGCGCUACCUUCAGUUUAAUCUGGGGUGGUUCGCCCACCCCAUAUACAGCUCAGAGGGCGACUACCCCGCCAUCAUGAAGGAGAGGAUCGCCAACAACAGCAGGGCAGAAGGUCUUCCGAGGUCCAGGCUACCAGAGUUCGGUGAACACUGGGUGAAAUAUAUCAGAGGCACCCAUGAUUUCUACGGCAUGAACAUCUACUCGUCGUACUACGUCAGCGCCCCCAAUACGUCAGAGACUAGCUCAGGAAUCAGCUUCGCCAACGACAUGGGUCCGGUGUUGCUCGAGCAAGACCCGAGCUGGCCCGCUGGCUCCAUCAGCAACUUCAGGUACGCGCCGUUCGGCCUCAGGAAGAUGCUGAAGUGGGUGUCGGACAACUACCACGGCGUCCCUGUGCUGGUCACUGAGAACGGCUGGGUGGACCGCGGAGAGAUGAACGACUCCAUGAGGAUCAGGUACUUGGUGAACCACUACGCCGCGCUGCUGGAUGCUGUUCACUUGGACCACGUGACUGUGCUCGGCCACUCAGUGUGGUCACUCAUCGACACCUUCGAGUGGGGCUCCUACGAGAACAAGUACGGCCUGUACCGCGUGGACUACAAGGACCCGCGCAGAGCGAGGCAGGCCAGGGCUUCAGCAGAGGUGCUGGCGGCCAUCACCAGGACCAGGCGCCUGCCUGAGCAGUACCUGGACCAGGAGUAGCGUCCAGAGCCCGGCACGUGUGGGCGCAGAGUCCACUGAGACUUCCUGCCCACUGGGUCAAUCACUAGAGACCGGAAAAAUUCGCUGUUCCGAUGGCCUUCAGGAUCGACUGCACAUUCCCCUGUACACUCGGGCAAACAACGCAAGUUCAUUGGCUGCCGACUUGUAAGUCGUCUCAGCUGGUUUAUCCGUGAUUCGAUCCUUCUUUGGUUGGAGGUUUAUAACUGGUUGAGAUUCGUCAAAAUGAACAGUAAGCCAAUAGCAAAAUCAUCUAUAAUGUAUGUGUGUUUGAAUUGUAGCCUAUCGUCGAAUGAAUCUGCGAAUUUUUCCGAUCUCUACCAAUCACACUGUUCACAUACAACAUAAUGAUACUCAUAAAGUAAUUUGCUCAAAGCAAUAACUAUUUUCCUCGCAAAUAAAUAAAUGGUAUAUUAUUAAUUUAUUU